GAUUGCUCGGAUGGACAAGGAAUAUAUCAAAUAAAAGGUACGCACUCAACAGGACACAAGGAUAGACGGUUCGAUUUCAAAUGCAGAUCUGUAGGAGGGCAACAGAAAUGUGCAUAUACUGGAUUUGUAAAUAACUUCUACAGAACAUGUGCUUUUCAAUGUCAAGAAACACAUACAUUGCUGGGAUAAUCAGUGAACAUAAUAACGGUUCGGAAGAUCGGAGAUUCAAGUUUAGGUGCUGCGAAAAAUCAGCCUCGUCAUUGGCAAAUUCAUGUUAUUACACAUCGAAUACUGCCUUGUUAGGAACUUUUGCCAGGACAGCGGAAAUUGGCUUUAUCUUAAAGGGAGUUAUUAGUCAACAUUCAAAUAAACACGAGGAUCGUAUAUUUUGGUUCGAGGUUUGUAAACUGAGCUAAGAAGAAUAUUUCAAGUCUACCGAUGAGAGCUUCUAUAAUAGUCGAAUAUAAAACAUUAAAACAGAAUAGCAAAGAAGA